UAUCGCUAUCAAAAUUUAAGUAGACAUAGAUUAAGAUAAACUCUGGGUAUCAAUAUAUAAAAGCCAAGCCCGUUAGCGAAGCGAAACAGCUAAAAGAAUUCAAUUAACAAUGAAAGUAGUAUUUCUGUUGGCCUUACUUGGCACCGCCUUGGCGGCGCCAAAGAGCGUAAGCCGCAUUGUAGGCGGUUCACCCACCACAAUCUACGAGUACCCAUACCUGUCUAAUAUGGAAUUUCACUUGUUGGGAAUCAUUUGGUUUCAAUUUUGCGGUGGUUCCCUGAUCACGUCAUCGGUAGUGCUUUCAGCUGCUCAUUGUUACGCUGGAGACCACCCAUCCCAGUGGCGAGUCCGUCUGGGCAGUACGUUUGUGAACACUGGUGGCAGCUUAAUCGGUGUCAGCGAACUCCUCAUUCAUCCGAAGUACUCCGGAGCCACACUAGACGCAGACGUCGCAAUCGUCCGCCUCUCCCGGCCCGCCGUCUUCUCUGAUGGCGUCAGAUCCGCUCGAAUUGCUGGACCCAACUACAAUCUUCCGGAUGGUACCCCUGUUAAUGCUGCUGGGUGGGGAGCUUUGUCUUCCGGCGGCGCAUCUCCCAGUCAGCUUCAUCAUGUACAAGUGAACAUAAUCAAUCAGGAGUUAUGCGCACAACGCUACGCUUACCUUAAGACGCAGCCCAACUUUGAGCACUGGCCUGACAUCACUGACGGCAUGCUUUGCGCCGGCAUUCUGGACGUUGGAGGCAAGGACGCUUGCCAAGGAGACUCUGGCGGUCCCCUCGCGUACAGCGGAGAUAUUGUCGUCGGAAUAACAUCCUGGGGAUACCGCUGCGCUGAUCCCUUCUAUCCGGGUGUUAAUGCUCGAGUUUCUUACUACUCCGAUUGGAUUGUAUCCAACGCCUAAAUUAAUGUAUUAUACUGAUUGUGCUUAAUUGUGCGAUUGAGACUAGUGGAUUAUAUUUUUAAAAGAAAAUAAAGCGAAAAACAUUCUUCAUUGUAA